AUGUCGAAUCCUGAUGAUUACACCAUUGGCUGGGUAUGCGCACUCUCCAAGGAGUUCACAGCGGCCAAAACCAUGCUAGAUGAGAAUCAUCCGCCAUGCUCCAUCCCAAACCGAGACACCAAUCAGUAUGCUUUAGGCAAGAUCGGGAGACAUAACGUAGUUAUCGCUGUGCUACCAGACGGCGAAUAUGGACUGUCGUCUGCUUCAAACGUCGCCACAAACAUGCUAAAUGCCUUUCCCAAUAUCCGGAUCGGUCUUCUAGUCGGCAUUGGCGGUGGCGCUCCGACAUCCCGGAAGGACAUACGACUAGGCGAUGUUGUCGUAAGCUCUACUGGACAGGGUACUGGCGGCAUAUUUCAAUACGACUUUGGACGUACAGUUCAGGAGAUGGAAUUCCAGACGACUGGCUUUCUAAAUCAAGCCCCUACAGCCCUGCGUACUGCUAUAAGUGCACUAAAGACAGAGCACGAGAUGAAUGGCCAUCACAUACAAGAGGCCAUUGGUGAAGGUCUACAACGCUAUCCAAGACUAAAAAGAAGGUAUUCUCGCCCACCUAGGUCCCAUGACCGUCUCUACCUUUCCACCAGCGUGCAUCCGCUUAAGGACCGCCGAACAUGCGAUGAUGCCUGUGGCGAAGGCACUGAAGCUGAACCCAAACUGGUGAAGCGAGAUGAGCGGGGCGAGGGGGAUGACGACCCAACAAUUCAUUACGGCAUCAUUGCGUCCGCAAAUCAACUUAUGAGAGACGCAAAGAUUAGAGAUAAAUUGUCUUCUGAAAAUGGUGUUAUAUGCUUCGAGAUGGAAGCAGCAGGGCUAGUUAACACCUUCCCUUGCGCCGUCAUACGAGGGAUUUGUGACUAUGCAGAUACGCAUAAGAACGAUGAGUGGCAAGAAUAUGCCGCUAUGACAGCAGCAGCUUAUGCGAAAGAGUUGUUGAGUCAGGUCUCGGUGACGAGGAUCGAGGAAGAGAGACGCAUGAACGAGGUUCUAGGACAAUUGCGUUCCACCGUUGAUGAGAUAAACUCCACCAUGGAGGGACAACGUGAAGUUCUCGAUGUGAUCAAUAAUCGGGCAGAGUCGCACCAGUAUCGAGAGAUCAUCGAUAAGCUACCUUACGUCAAGGAUGCAGCUUUCGACUCUCACAGCGAGGAGCACAACCCGAAAUGUCUGGAGAACACUCGGGUGGACCUACUCACCCAGAUAUCAGAAUGGGUAGAGAACGACGAUUCCAAGACUGUAUUUUGGCUUAAUGGCAUGGCUGGGACCGGGAAGUCAACUAUAUCACGGACUGUUGCCCAAAUCCUUUCCAGCAAAGGUAUCCUUGGCGCUAGCUUCUUUUUCAAAAGGGGCUAUGCUGACCAGGGAAGUGCUGCAAAGUUCUGCACCACCAUCGCUCGCCAGCUGGCCUUGAACCAAAUGUUUUUCGGCACGGUUCUGCAGAGCGCUAUCAAGAAAGAUCCCGAAAUUGGUAAUAAAGGGCUCAGACUGCAGUUUGAGAAACUCCUAAUGGAGCCUCUCGCAGAAGCAGCCAAACAUCAACCACCCGGCAGCUUGAAUAUCGCCAUCAUUGUGGACGCUCUCGACGAAUGCAACUCUGAACAGGACAUCAAGCUUCUUAUCAAUCUUUUUACCCAGAUGGGGAAGCUUCAUGAUGUCAAGUUGCGUGCCUUACUCACAAGUCGCCCAGAGCUCCCAAUCCGACUCGGAUUUAAUAGCGUAACAGGAAGCUUCACGGAUCUCAUUCUCCAUCAAAUCCCGCGACCUGUGAUCGAGCACGAUAUUUCUCUCUUUUUCCGGCAUGAAAUUCGGAGAAUUGUACUCGAUUGGAACAACUCUGUCACUGAAAGCCGCUGGCUGCCCCUGGAUUGGCCCGGAGAUGAUAACCUACACAUCCUAAUAGAGCGGGCGAUCCCUCUAUUCAUUUUCGCUGCCACCAUGUGUCGAUUCAUCUCGGAUAGGAACAGUGGUCCGAAAACUCGGUUAAAGCAAAUCAUUGAAUCUACAAGCUGGUCAAGUGGCGACCAGAUGCAAGCCACGUACGCGCCCGUUUUAGAUCAACUGCUUGUCGGUCUGUCCCCAAGAGGAAGAACAGAUGCCAUCCGGGAAUUUCAAACGAUCGUUGGAGCUAUUGUCCUCCUUGAAACUCCUUUACCUAUAGAUGUACUGUCAAGGUUGAUUGAUGUUGACCAAGACAGAAUACAUGAUCGACUCGAUAAGCUCCACUCUGUUCUUGAUAUUCCAGAGUCUCCAGCAGUACCCAUCCGUCUAUUCCAUCUCUCAUUCAGGGAGUACCUAAUCGAUGAAGUGAACUAUCCAUGCAAUGAAUUCACGAUUAACUACAAAUGCAUCUCUCGCAAGCUAUCAGCAGAUUGCUUAAGAGUGAUGGCGGCCAGUCUGAAGACAGAUAUCUGUGAUCUGCGCCACCCUAAAACGGACCGUGUGUACAUCAAGAGAGAUCGCAUCUAUAGCCAUCUGUCGUCGGAGCUUCAAUACGCAUGUGUGUAUUGGGUCAAGCAUCUGGCGCUGGCAGGUGUAGAGUCUGCUGAUACCCAACCGAUCAUGGACUUCUUAAAGAUGCAUCUUCUUCACUGGAUCGAAGCUUUGGUGUUAUUGAACCGGCCUUGGGAAAUCAAUGGUCUUCUGAAGACAUUGCGUACUGUUUGCAAGAACGAUUUACCGUUAAGCGAAUUCCUCGAGGAUGCUUUGAAAUUUCUUAACUUCAGCAUCACGACCGUGGCUACACACCCUUUGCAACUAUACUCUCAUGCGCUGCUUUUUGCCCCAGAAAAUAGUCUGGUUAAGUUGAAUUUCAUGAAGGACAUACCCGAAUGGAUCGAUGCUGUUCCCAAUAUGAGCGCGGACUGGGAUUCGUCCCUACGAGUAUUUACCAGCGCCUCCAAGUGUAUCAGGUUCAUCCCAAAUACCACACAGCUCUUUGCACGGUUAGGGCAUCCUUGGGAUUUUGGUCUACUAGACUGGGAUACCGGAAAACGUAGUACUUUACUGUUCAAUGAAAGAUCAAGGUUGUCUCCGGACUGCAAGGUAAUAGCAUUGUCGUCAUAUCUAUUUCACAAUGUUGUGGAGAUCAGAGAGUUUAAGACGGACGUGAUCUGGUGCGAGCUACAAGUAGACUGGAAGUCUGAUUCAGAACUGUUCUUUUCGCCAAAUUCAAAACUCCUCCUUGUCUCAACAACAAAAGGCUGGCAGAUCUGGGAUUGGGCGGCUGGGACGGAAUUAUGCAGAUUCGCCUGGAACCAUGAUCCAGGCAAGGCUUUUUCGAGACCUAAGUUCCGAGCGAGAAAGUUCAACAUGGCUAUACGGGAUGGCGAUAUCACCACAUCCGCCACCUUCUCCCCGGAUGGUAAAGUCGUGGUGACCACGCCUGGAUACACUAAUCGGCUCAAAGUAUGGGACUGGGAAAGAGAGUUUCAUCGCUCCAAGCGUGAGCAUGCUUCAACAAUCAGCGUUAGCAAGAUCUUCGGUGUUAGUUUGUCACCUGAUUCAAAGAAGCUUGCCGUCAAACAUCAUCAUAUGGCGGAGAUUUAUGAUAUAUCCCUCGGUAAACUUGCACGGCUAUCUACUGUGGGGCAAGAAAGUGAAAACCUUGAUUAUUUCUCUCCUGAUUCAAAGUUUUACGUUUCUCAAAGGUUUUACGGUUCUGACUGCCGCAUGACCCACAUCUUGCUGUCGGACACCUGUACAGGUGUUCCUGCAUGGCAUUUACACGAGAGGGACAGACAUCUUAACAUGACCUUCUCAGACGACUCACAAUGGAUGGCGGUAACGUCGACGCCUGAGAAAGAAGGCUGGCGACACCUUCAAAUUACAGCACACUCUCGAAAGAUCAGGCUGCUACAGACUGUCCAGAACAAGACUUUCUUCAGAUGGCAGACUUGUAGCUACUGUGGAUAUCGACACAUUUAG